CAACAACAACCUUGCCUGAUUGACAGGAGCCCCUCCAGCUGAAGUGAGCUCAUCUCAUCGCAGCCUACUGAGCCUCAGUUCAGAUCCAACACCCUGCCUCUGCUGCCGUUGAGCGAGGUGAUGGACUACAUAAAGUCGGCCAAGACGUCUCACUUGACUGCGGCUGCUGCAGGUCUCUUGGCUGUCACCAUCGCGUCCACCAUGGGUUUCUUUAGCAAGAAUCAGAUGCCCGUCGAGGGCAAGACUGUCCUCGUCACAGGAGGUUCUGAGGGUAUGGGACUGAGUGUGGCGUGUCAACUGGCCGCCAAGGGCGCAAACAUCGUGAUCAUCUCACGCAGCGCUGAGAAGCUCGAGAAGGCGCUGAAGCAGGUCUCGGCUGCCGCCAAGUCACCCUCACAACGCUUCCACUCCAUCCCAUGCGACGUCUCCCAGCCAGACUACGCCCCCUCCGUCGUGUCCCAGGUCACAGAGUGGAACAACGGCCAGGCCCCCGACAUAGUCUGGUGCGUGGCUGGGACGAGCACGCCGAUGCUCUUCCACGACGACCGCGUCAUGCCCGAGAUGCGCCGCGAGAUGGACAUCAACUUCUUUGGCUCCUCCGAGAUGGCCCACGCCGUGUUGCGCGCGUGGUGGUCCCCGGCCAACCGGUUCCCCGCCGACCAGCCCAAGCACCUCAUCUUCACGUCGUCGGUGCUCGCCCUCUACGGCGUGGUGGGCUACACCACCUACAACCCUUCCAAGUGGGCCCUCCGCGGCCUCGCCGACACCCUGACACAGGAGGCCCUCUUGUACCCGGACCAGCCCGUCAAGAUCCACGUCGUCAUGCCGGGUACCAUCCUGUCGCCCGGCUUUGAGCACGAGCAGCGCGUUAAGCCCGAGAUCACGAUCCAGCUGGAGAAGGACGACCCGCAGCAGACCCCGGACGAGGUCGCGCGCAAGUCCAUCGCCGGUCUGGAGGCGGGGCAGUACUACGUGACCGUCGCGCUGCUGGGCCAUCUGAUGAGGUGGGGAUCGCUGGGGAGCGCGGCCAGGAACAACGCCCUGGUCGAUACCAUCAUGAUGUGGAUCAUGACGCCCAUCUGGUUGAUCGUGCAGGCCGUGUUGAAUGGCGAUAUCAAGAAGUUUGCAAAGACUAAGGGGCACCCGAGUACAUAUCCUAGGAAGGAAUAGGUGCGGCGGUGAAUCAUAUCUAGUUUCUCUGACAGGAUUUGAUAUUGAACCUCUUACAAGUGACGAUGAUUGGUCUAUAAGGUUGUCCGUAUUAUAGUAUAGCAUGGCAUUGAAUACGUGAAAGAU